UUCGGAGCUCGGAGCUCGGUGGCCACAGACACGUUUGCCGUUCAGCCUGGUGUGUGUCCCCCCUGGUACGGUGGGUGAGCCGCGUGUGAAAAAUUUAGGACCCCUCCGGCCUCUUGACUUUGGCUCCGGUUUUGGCUUAGGUGCGCGGGCCUGUUACUUAACCUGCAGCACGUACCACCUAGCCUACCCCUCACGAAUCCCUAUUGAUAGCCCUUUCCUGUUGUACUCGUACGUCCUACACACACACCUCCUCCAAACCUGGCUUCCCACGUAUGAUGGAAAAUCGUAAUGGCCGAGAUCGGAACAACAACGACGUAGCUGUCCUGCAGAACGGGGUGAUCUUACGAAAGCUCAAGUCGAAGCAUUCCGGUGAAUGCCUGUUGUGUUGGAAGGAGGCCCGUCAUCCCAAGUGUCUGUGUCCCAAAUGUGCCAAACAGUACUGCUUUCAGUGUAUCAAAAAGUGGCUAACCGAUAGCAAAACCAAGACUAGUGAGUGUCCCAACUGCAAGUCCAAGUUGCCGAUCGACGAUUUGGUCCGGUGCGCAGCGGAUCUCGUUGUCGGCGACGAAGAAGACACGAAGCAAUCCGGCCACUCGGACAAUGGUACUAAUGUUACAGAGUGUGGCGGAAACGUGCAGCAGCAGAAGCAGCAGUACGAGCAUCAGUAUCGUCGGAACGGUGUCGAGUCGGGCUCAAUAAAGUUAGUGGUGAAAGUGAUUGAAAGCGACUCGUCGCUCGACGGGCGUCUGACAAACGGGAAUGCUGGCGCCGGAAUGGUUAAUGGUUCCGCUCAGGCUAAGAUGCUCACCGUCAACGGGCGUCAGGGAAAGAAAUCGAAAGAAUCAAACAGGAAGCAGCAACUGAAUCAUACGGUAACAAGCAACGGAAAAGUACCACUAAGCAAUGGUGUAGUGCACAACGGAAAGGAAGAAGCAAAUAAUGUACGAGUGAAUGAAACUGACACAAACGAACUGACAAACAAGCGAAGCAAUGGAAAGGACCAGCCGAUCAACCAUCAACGCAAGAAUGGCUUCAAGAAACUGCCCACGACGACCACAGUUGAAGUACCCGAAACGGUAGUACAAAGCGAUACCAAGUCUGCAGCAGCUCCCUUAGAGAAUGGGCAUAGUAUACAUAAAGAUACCCAACUUUGCCAGCAAAAUGGCUCAGACCAGGAUAGCGAUCAGCCAUUUUGUGCGCUACACGCACUGCCACUGCUGUUCUUCUGUUUAACCUGCAAGUGUUGCAUCUGUGAGACUUGCGGUAUUCGCGACAGCUCCCAUACGCAACACAUCUUCAAGAAGAUAACCGCAAUAUACGAUGAUAAGCUAGGCAAAAUUAGGCAAGAGUUCGCUCUGGUAUCAACAUACCUGGAGGAAAUCCAGCAGGUGAUACAGAGCGUUGAACAGAACAUUGACUGGGUCAAGGCGGCUAAGGCUCGCAAGUUGCAAGAACUGAGUCGCCUUCUACACUCGGAGGCAGAAUGUAUCGAACGACAGAUCAACAAAAAACUAGGCGUAUUGCAGGACCAACGAGAUACCAUCGCAAACGAAGUAUUCCGGGUGACGGCAGGCUACAAGAAGCUGGAAUCGGAACUAAACUCUUGCCCACAAGAAGAGCUGCUGGUUAAAGAUGCUGAAUUUCUCAAGAGAUGUAGCCAGCUGAUUGAGAAGCCUGCCUCGUCGUUCGUUCAUCAGCCAGUUCCUGCCGAUUUGGAAUGUGAUUUCAUUCCCGACUUUCGGUCGAUGGUGUUUGUCAUAAAGGACUACCAAGCGAUCGAGCCCAUCGAAGAGUGUCGAACAUCGGACGUACUGUGCGACGUGAUUGGCUUCGGCUGGCGGCUUCAUGCCUGGAAAAGUGAUCACCUUUCGGUUACACUGAUGAUGACCGAAGGAGUAACUGGAAGAUAUGAGUACUGUAUCGAACUGCUGCACGAGGACGAUCCUACCAAGUCGAUCCGGCUUACCCAGAUCGACCACUUCGAGCACCACCAGACAGGGCCGGUGCACGAUUUGAUCGAGAACGAGCGCCUCGUAGAGGAAGGCUUCAUCGGCGAUGCGAACGAUACGCUGCAGAUUAAGUUCUCGGUACGACCUCCGACGAUCGUCAUGAAAAGCCACUAUCAACAGGAGUAUAGCGAUCGUACUAGAAAAGAUAACAUCAAUGAAUACGACAGCAACGUGAUCACCAUCUGCAACAUUCGGGACCCUACGACGUCCAUCGUGCUGUCGAAGCAGUACACCGAUACGGUCGGAUCGCGGUGGCGGCUGAACGUCUAUCCAAAGGGCAACAACACCAAUUACCGCUAUCUCAGCACGUAUGUGGAGUUGUGCGAUGGUAUCGCUGGAAGAUACCAGUACAUUGUGGAGUUGCUGCACAAUGAUGCCCACAAGCAGGUCAAAUUUCAGUCCGAGGAUCACUUCCGGGUGGGGGAGAUCAGGGGCUACCAAAAGUUCAUUCGGGUGAAACGAGUCCUGGAAGAGGGAUAUCUCAACGACGAUGGUUCGAUCUACAUUCGACUUUCGAUCAGACCUGCGACGUUGGCUCUGCGGUGUCAAUACCAGGAGGAAUAUCAAUCGCUCAAGGAGGAGAAAAUAUUGUUCCAGUUCAACAGUCAGCUGAGCCAGCACCUCACAAGAAUACGAAAUCUACGAGAAGAGAAUACGGCACUGCAGAGCAUCGCGUAUCCGGAGUAUAACUCGAACAUAUUUGUGAUGCGAAACUUCACCGGUUUACGACAGACCAGCGAAGAUGUUUGCUCGGACAAUAGCUAUGACGAUCUUGGAUGCUGCUGGCGCCUCAUAGUGUAUGCCAACGGUGACAAGGAAGGCAGAGAUGAGUGGCUAAGCGUAUAUUUGCGACUGCUUGAGGGAAUCCCGGGAAGCUACGAAUACUGUAUCGAACUGCUGCAUAACGAUCCCACAAAAACGGUGAAGAUGGAGGGAACUCAGACGUUCGAAAUCCAGGAGCGCUUUGGCUGGUCACAGUUUGCUCGUCUGGACAUGAUCUGUGCAAACGGGUUUGUUAACGAGGAGCACGACGCACUAUAUUUCCGGUUUUCGUUACGGCCUCCAAACUACAAAGGAAAAUGCGAAUACCAGCAGCUGCUGCGGAUGGAGCUAAAGAAGGAUAACGAAUUGCUUAAACGUGAACUUAUCCCGGAAUACAGCACGAUUACUUACACGUUGAAGAACUUCACGGAGCUUCAGCACAAGGAAGGGUUCGUUUACUCGGAUCCACUGUGUGAUGAUUUGGGUUUCACGUGGCGACUGCUGAUCUACGCCAACGGUCACAGCGAAGGUCGUGGGUGCAAUUUGAGCGUCUAUCUGGUGCUGUUCGACGGUGUCUCUGGAAGCCGUUUUGAGUACCGCGUCGAGCUGUUGCACCGCAAUCCGACGGCCAACAUCAAGAUGGAGGGCGUCAAUGUGUUCAAGCUGAAGAAGAUUUGGGGCUGGCCACAGUACAUUCACCACGAACGGCUACGCCAGGAGGGUUAUCUGAACGAGGACGACUCGCUCGAGUUCCGUCUGUCGAUCUGUCCGCCCGACAUCAAGCUCAAGUGUGAAUAUCAACAGGAGUUCAUUAGACAACUUAAGGAAAGGAAAAAGUAGGUUAAUUGGAGUGUGUGAGCGCGAAAGUGUGUGAGAUAUUAUGAUGCAGAUGUAUGAAAAAAAAACAAACAAGCAAACAAAAAUAAAAUAAUCGAGAACAUCGAGAAAAGAGCCAACCAGUAGCAGCAGAAAUUGGAUGAAACACUCGGACUGAGCUCAUUCAUGGACGUUAGUAUGACAGGGAUGCAAAUAUAGGAUGAACGCAAAGAAAGUGGAAACUGGGAGUGAAAAAAGUCGACUAUACGAUGUCGUGAACAUGGACUAUGUGUGACACAAAAAAAAAGAGAAAAAGUGCGAACGGAAGAAAAGAAAAUUAUUAAAUAUUUGUGACAUCGGUUCUUUGCGUGCGUGCUAGUUCAAAUGGAGAGAUAGAGAUGUAGGAAAAAAAGUUUAUUUUUAGAUCGAAAAUAAAAGAAAUUAAUAAACUUAUGAAAUGACCCAAGCUCAACGUCCAAAGAGCAUUUUAGAAACAGGUUCUCCUGAAGGGAUAGAAAGGUAACAGUAGUUGCCCAGCAAAAGUGCUAACGAAAGAUUUAUUGGUUUCAUUUUUUUUCAUAAACUUUAGCUGUUUUGUCUAUUCGAGCCACUGAGGAAAUGGAGUUUAAUUUCCUUUUUUAUUUACACACACCUCAUAUUCUUUUAAAAUGUAUCUAUGAAAAAAAUAUUCGGACUCUUACGCAAACCGCUGAAUCCAUUUAGACGAGAGGUGGGCUAUGAUGAAAGAUUUAUUGCAAUUUUUGUUGGUUCUGUUUUUUCUGCUUUGAGUCGCGAUCGAGGGAUGUGUCCACAUUCACCAUGCAUGUAAAAUUAUUUAUAAGAAUCAUAUUGUUCGGAUGAAAGAGAUGAUGCGAGGACAGGAGCAAGUAGCACUUUUCUAUUAGAUAUUUUUUUUGAAUACUGCAGGCAAAAAAAACAGAUUCGCCAAACGUUAGGUAUCGAACGCGUGACGGUUCGAAAAAAAUUAAGAAAAAUUACUUCAUGAAAAUUAAUGUUAUUUAAGAGCAUAAAAAAUAAGAACAUCAGGAAGAGAUUUUUUCUGUCUUAGGGCAAAUAAAACAAACCAUGCCGGUGGUACCGCAUGUAAAAGUCUAAACUGAAGCAAUACCGCAAAAUAAAAUAAAACAGGCGUUGCAGGGAAACAGCGUUUUGUUUUAUUUGUGUAGAAAGUUUUUUUUUUAAUACAGAAAAUCGAAUUUGAAUUUACAACUACACAAUGGAUCUGGUUUAGGCAGUUGAUUGAAAGUAUGUGUUGCAUGAUAUUUUUUUUAAACAACGAAAUCAUACUUUUAAACAGAGCAUGGUUCAAUAAAGUAAACCGCAGCGAAGCAAAAAAAGAAGAAGCAUACUUUGAGAAACGAAACAAAUUCCUAUGUAAAAUAAAGAGUGAUUUUGAAAUAAUU